CGACAUCCGAUUCAUCCAGAGAAGGUGUGAUGCUGUACCGGCCGAGUGGUCACCCAGGCGGCUAGCCUAGCGAACCGGAACCGGAACCGCAAAUAGUCGUUAACAUGGGCUAGCCAUUCGCCCAAUCCCAACGGCAGGGCCGCCUUAGUCGCUGCACAUGCUCAGCGUCCAGGGUAAUACAGUUCGUCCGUCGUUGCCGUAUCGAUAUCGAAAAGGCUGUGCUAGCUAGCGAUAUGAAGGGCGCGUUCUGUCUCAAUAGGUCUGCCCACAAAAGUCGUGCGUCUGCGGUGGUGGAUGUCCUGUCGAAGGUCCGAUAUUGCCCUGGUCAUCGUGGCAUGACCCAUGGCCUGGUUGGUGGCAACCUCCUGAUGAUCUCCCUCCUCCUGGUCCUUCCAGAGGCUCCAUAGAGUCCUCGAUCAUCGGCGUCGUCAACCUGAGCGCAGGGGGCUCGUUCGAGGUCGGACCGCCCAGGCAGAUAGCCGUGGCUACCCGAAAGUGAGAUGCCAAGCGUCACUUGAUCGUCGACGAGUGCGGGCUGGGGUUCGUUUAGGGCAUCGGCGAAAGACCAAUCGGGCGUCCAUGCAAGGCAACGCCACAGGCAAAAUCUUGGUCUGUGGGAUUUCUGACGCAUGGGGUCCACCUUGUAUUGUGCCCCUCCCGAUAUCACACGGGAACCAAGAUGCUGUCCUUGGCCCAUUCUUUGCCUCAUGGCAUCGCCGGUGCGAGACCCCUGCAGGACCCUGAUGGACCCUGCGGUGCGAA